AUGUCAGUACGCAAAAGGCACAGCGUACGUCCGUCGUCUGCUUCCACCUACUCCAUCUCUGCCUCUUCUUCUUCUUCUAACGAAGUAGAUACGCCACUGCCUCAACGGCCUUCACGCGCACCGCCGAGACUACGUCGGCCUUCUCGUCUACCUGGCACUCUUUUCGUGAUCAUCCUCGCUAUUCUCAGUGGCCUCCUCCACUGCGGCCAUGUAGCCACCUUGCAUGAGAAUCAUCUCUCCUUUGCUUACCUAUCCAAUGUGGAGCGGGAGCUAACCUUCCGAUCUGAGAUGGCCUUCUACUACUCUUUCUACAAGCAGAUACUUUUGGCGGAGAGCUUUUUCAGUGGACUGAACAGUCUUUUUAAUGACACGAUGACAGAAUUUCCCGGUAUACUGGGUGAGGUGGAGAAUGAGUGGAACGUGGAGGAAUGGGGGUUACUCCCAGCCAACUCUAUACCUGGAGCAGUGACAAACGGUGUCAGAGUAUUGGAGCGAUUCAACGUCUACCCAGAGGUUAUUUUAGCUGGUCUUUAUCGCCUUCUCCGGUACUUUGAUCUCCUCAACUCGGAAUGCUUUGAGGUUGUCAUUGAGGGCAUAAGCAAAGCCCAUGCUCUUGCCGUGCCAGCCAAACAGGUCGGAGAGAAUUCGAGUUUCUUGCCAUCUCUUCAACCAAUUGGAACACUCACAGGAGGCAAGGUAUUGAGUUGCGAGGGGUCUCGUGAACCUCCAAUCUUCUACGUGAACAGCGUUUUUUGUCUCACUGGUCUCACCGUCGUCGGUUUGGUUCUCUCCGGUUGGUUGGUGGGCAGUAGCGGCAGCGGAGGCAGCUCUAGUGGUUGCAGCGUCUCUUUCGCCACCACUGUUUGGGGGGCUGUUUUGCCAUUGGUAGGCUUCUUCUUCAAUCACGCAGAGGCCACGCGAGUUCAAUGGUCUCCUCCGCUGAGGGAGUCCUUUGCGUAUCCCUUUUUUGUUCUCCAACAAUCUCUCCUCAUUUGGCUGUUACAGGAUAUUUCGCCAGUCCGUCGCCAACAUCGCCAUGGCUUCUCUCACCUCUUGUACAUUCUUCUCCUCCUCGCCUUCCAACUGCCUUGGCAGUUCGCUCAAUUUGCUCUACUCACACAACUCCUAGCUCUCCUUGCUACCUAUAUAGUUGUUGCUUUGGUGACGUUCCUUUCGACUUUUCCUUCAUCGAUAUCUCCCGUCACCUCCAUCAAUGUCAUCUUUGGGGUGCUCUGCAGCCUCGCUCGAUGUCUGUUGGAUGUGGUGGGAUGUCAACUGAUCGCACUGAUAAUUUCAUGGGCUGCACAGUUUGGGAAUCGUUUGCUACUUACUUCUGCGUACCUGCCGUGCCUUGUUGGCUGUCUCUUUGGUCUAUUUGUUCAUUGGAACUUGUUGAACCGACGCAAAUGGGCGACUUCCAGGACCGCUCGAUGCGUCCAUCUGCCUGUUCUGGUGCUGACCUGUUUGACGGUGGCUUUGGGUGUGCGUUUAGUGCUGCAUCGUGUGGUGGUUGAUUUCUCUGACGGUGCGCAUAUUGUGGAUCUGGUGAAGGUGAAACUCCUUCAUGGCAAUCGCACUUUCCACACCCAACUUUAUACCUGCUCUGAGACUUUCGACUUCCUUCCGAUGUCCACUUGGUUCGAAUUGACACGGACCGGUUUGCUGCCAUGUGCGGUGUUAGCAGUUCUUGUCACUAUUCGACAACUUCUUCUUCCCUGUCGAUCAGACCACACCAACUCCGCUUCCGCUUCUUCCGCUACAUCCAAAGCAGCGUCGGCAAAAAAAUCUGAUGGAAAAGCCGUAGCAGAAUACGAUAGUGAAGUUAGUGAUGGAGAGGCUGGAGCAUCCACAGUUUCAUUCAAAUCUCGAUGUUUGCAAGAACAAAUCCUCUUGGCCCGGGCAACACCUGCCUUCAUUGCCGAUGUCAUCUCCGUCUUUGUCAUCAUGCAGCUUUUGGCAUUUGGGGUGCUAGCGGUGCUAGUGAUGCGGUUGAAGCUUUUUUUCACACCACAACUCUGUCUCUCACUGGCAAUUCUCAGUCAGCAUCGUCUCUACUUUGGCUCGCAAAAAAUUUUGCCUCAAAUAAUGCCCGCUACUCAAAGAGGAACAAAGAAAAGACGCAAGAAUGCUUACAAUCCCACCGUUGCUGUGCUUUUACCGUCGUGGAGAAAGUUGGUAGUCCUUCACACUGUCUUCAUCCUGGCGGUGACUUUUGCUGCACAAAGGGGAAUGCAUAACCUUCGAGAGGAAUGGAGCAAGCAUGGCCAAUUCUCCGCCUUUGCCAUGGAGACACUGCUUCACUGGGCUGCCCAGCUGCCGCCUCCACCACCAGCUCCUCAUCCAGACGUGUGGGUGUUCAGUGGUGCCAUGCCUACUAUGGCGACGCUUCGUCUUGGACUCGUUGUGCCCUCACUCCCGUCUUCGUAUCCGUCGACAGCCAACGUAACACGUGGUCAGCGAACGCAGUUUGCGGUCACCAACCACCCUCACUAUGAGAACGCCGCGAUCCGUCGGCGCACUGAGCUUGCUUACGCAGUAUGUAGCCGCAAGCCAGCGGAGGCAGUGUGGCGCAUUUAUCGACACAUUUUAAAAGUUGAUUUCGUUGUUAUCGAGCGCGAUUGGUGCCUCAGCUCUGGAGCCAAACCGGGUUGCACUUCGGUGGAGUUGUGGGACCUUCUUGAUCCAGCUCUGGCUUUUCAUGGUGCUCCGGGUCCAUUAUGUAAAGCAGCUUUCGAUGAGACGCCUCCAUCUGAGUCAAUUUCGCGUUUUUUUAGCCCCUUUUACAACUCGUUAUCUAGCAGCAAGAUUUAA